AUUUCGUGCGCGACAAGGGCCAGAUACAACGAUCCUCACGCGACGGACGUGUAGAAUCACCUAAACAUGCCUUCACCUACCAAAGCUUCCAAGGCCAAGGCCGCCGCUGCGGCUGCCGCGCACGCUGAAGAGAACGACAAAAAGAAUACGCAAAGGACCCUCCAAACGAGGAGUCAGCGGGCGGGCUUACAGUUCCCUGUCGGUCGUAUCCACCGUUACCUCAAGCAGCGGACACAGCACAAUGUGCGCAUAGGUGCGAAGGCCGCGGUCUACACGUCUGCCAUUCUGGAGUAUCUGACCGCUGAGGUGCUCGAACUUGCCGGAAACGCCUCUAAGGAUCUGCGCGUGAAGCGUAUAACGCCACGCCACCUACAGCUCGCCAUCCGCGGCGACGAGGAGCUUGACACGCUCGUGCGCGCGACCAUUGCUGGCGGAGGUGUCCUUCCGUUCAUUCACAAGAGCUUGACGAACCCCAAGGGCAAGAAGGCUGCAGAACAACCCUCGUAAUCUCUCAUUUUGUGUCGUUUGUGCUGUGUGUGCCCCAGACCUUGAGGCUCUGCGCGUACGCUUCUUGCUAUUUGCCUUGCAUGUAUGCUGCGUAUAUGCUAUGCUUUUCCGUGCUGCUCGUCACUUUAUUUCGAGGUCUUCUUGUGUAUGUCUUAGUGCUGCUGUCGUUUUGAGUAUAUCGGAUGAGCCUGGAUUGUCA